AGGUCGACAGGCGGGAGUAGCAGCUCUGAGAUAUAUAUUUAUAUAUCUCGUUGAAGCGUUGGUGGAAGCGGGAGGGCGGCGGCUUGACUGCGAUGGAGCGGAGCAGCGGCGGCGCGGGGAGCUGCCUGGGGCUGGUGGCCGUGGCCGUGGUGUCGACGAGCAUCAUCCUCAUCUCGUACCAGCUCCACCGCCGGCUCGAGGCCGACCUCAGGGCCAAGAUCGGCGAGGGGGCAGAGGCGCGGGGAGCGAGGAGGAGGAGGAGGAAGAAGAAGGUGCGGUUCGCCGACGACGUGGUUGAGCCGUCGUCCAACAACGAGGAGUACCGGCGGCGGGCGCGGUCCAUCGGUACCGUGGCCCCGGCGCCGAGCGAGGCCGCCGACCCGCGACCGGCUCACCUUCCUUCGCCAUGCGCCGACGAUGGCCCGAGCACGACGCAUGGAGCCAGCAGCAUGCGUGAGCGCGCCGUCGGGUUGCCGGGCUUGUGGUAGUGGACGCCGGCUGCCGGCACAGAGCAAAGCGUCUCGACAUGCCCGGCGUUCAGACAUCAUGGUAGCCUGCCUGCCUCCGGUGGGCUGUAAUAAAAUGAUGGCCUAAGAUCAUACUGUG